GUCAUCCACAAGAUUGCUUCCUCCAUUUUAGUUGAUAAGGUUCGCUUUCAGUCUCCCACAAGAAAAAAAAAAAGGAGAAGAAAAGCUAGCAACUCCUACCAAUUUUCCGUGGAAAAGCUUCAUCUCAACGCUAUUUGCUAGUCUUUUUAUCACUUUCUGCAGUACCAUUUGCUUGUCUCUCUGCAAUAUCUUUCAAUCUUUCAGUCUUGGCCUUUUUGCAAGCAACCGUCUACCACUUCAAUACUCCCAUCUCUUAGCUUCAUCUCCCCAUGGUUGUCUUGCCUUUCUUUCUUCUCCAUUUCCUUUCUCUUUUGCUUCUCUCAUCAGCUAAUUCCACUCUACCAGAUGAAUAUUUCAUCAAUUGUGGGUCAAAGUCCAACAUUACUGUCGGCGGUCGGAACUUCGUUGGUGACUUGAAUUCUGGCUCCUUCUCUGUUGGAACAAGCUCUGAUGUCAGUGACACCAACUCAGCAACAGAUAUGUCUCUCUAUCAAACUGCAAGAAUUUUCAAAAACCCAUCUUCAUAUGAGUUUGAUAUCAUCGAUCAUGGCAUUUAUUAUGUUCGUCUCCAUUUCUUUCCGUUCAUGUCCGGGAGUACUAAUCUGGCCGAUGCCCUAUUCGAUGUUUCAACUUCUAAUUUCUCGUUCUUGUCAACUUCUAAGACCCAAUUCGAUGUUUCAACUUCUAAUUUUUCGCUGUUGACAAACUUUGGUAUUAAAGACAAUCGUAAUUCACCUGUGAUUGAGGAGUUCUUACUCACUAUCAACGGAAGCAAGUUCAGCAUCUACUUUACUCCUCACAGAAAAUCAUUUGCUUUUGUGAGCGCCAUAGAAGUCUUUCUAAUCCCAGAUAAAGACUUCGUCAUGGAUGAUUUUCCUCUAGUUACUGCUGCUGGGAGUAGUGAAACUUACGUUGGCGUACGAUCUCAGUUUUUACGCACAAUUCACAGAGUCAAUGUUGGUGGUCCACAGAACAAUGACACACUGUGGAGGACUUGGAUACCGGAUGAUGAUUAUCUACUUUCCCAAGGAUCUGCGAAAAAUUGUGUCCAUUAUAACGGUACGCUUACGUAUGAUGUUCUUGGUGCUACUAAUCAUAGUGCCUCAGAUCUUGUUUACAGGACUUGCAAAGAAUUAAAUUCAAAUUCGUCCAACAUAACUUGGCGUUUUGGUGUAAACAAGAACACCAGACACCUGGUGAGGCUGCACUUCUGCGAUAUUGUUAGCGCAGGGAAUGCUUUUGUGAGGUUCAAUCUCUCUAUUUAUAGGAACUUCAGUCAGAUGAUCUACCCUGACGAUGCUAAAGGAAUCGAGCAGUUGGCAGCUCCAUUUUACUAUGAUUUUGUGGUUGAUUCAGAUGAUUCGGGAGUUAUGUAUGUUAGUGUGGGGCCUAGGCAGGAUUCGUUAGAUAAAAAUGCCUAUCUGAAUGGGCUGGAGAUUAUGGAGUUUAUGAAGAAAUCGGUUCCUAUUCACAGAAAGACAAAAAAACGUGUUGUUAUUAUAGUUGCUACCGCUUGUGGCGCGGCCUUUGUCUUCGUUUUGGUAGUGCUGUUAUUGUUGGGUUUGAGAUACAAGAAAGCAAAGCAUGUUGAUGGAGUAGGUUCAUUGCCAGUGCUCCAUGGAAAAGGAAAUUCUUACGGGAAAGGAAAAACGAAUGCCUCCCCUGUUCGUAAUGUUGACCUAAAUUGGAAGAUGAAUCUUCUUGAAAUACAAGCUGCAACUCAUAACUUUGACGCCAAACUCUUAAUAGGUGAGGGUGGGUUUGGAAAAGUUUAUCAGGGAACUCUUCGGGAUGGUACGAAAGUGGCUGUGAAACGAAGUGAUCCGAAACAUGGGCAGGGCCUUCCGGAAUUCGAAACAGAAAUCUUGGUCUUAUCCAAAAUUCGGCAUCGCCAUCUCGUUUCCUUGAAAGGGUAUUGCGAAGAAGGGUCUGAGAUGAUACUGGUGUAUGAAUUUAUAGAAAAGGGUCCUCUGAGAGAUCAUCUCUAUGAUUUGAAGGAGAAGCCUGAGGGGUCAUCUAAAAGGUCCAAAUUGUCUUGGAAGCAACGGCUUGAAAUUUGCAUUGGCUCGGCAAAGGGCCUUCAUUACCUCCACACUUCUUCAGCUGGGGGAAUCAUUCACCGUGAUGUUAAGUCAACAAAUAUCUUGCUGAAUGAACAGUACGUGGCUAAAGUUGCUGACUUUGGCCUUUCAAGAUCAGGGCCUCUCGAUCCAAACCAUUUCAGUACUGUUGGCAUAAAGGGUAGCUUUGGUUAUGUGGAUCCUGAAUAUUUUAGAACCUUUGAGUUCACAGACAAAUCUGAUGUCUACUCCUUUGGCGUUGUACUUCUUGAGGUGCUUUGUGCCAGACCAGCUAUAAUUGACUCGCCCAAGAGGGAGGAGGUGAACCUGGCCGAAUGGGGGAUGUUUUGGCAGAAGAAAGGGAAACUUGAAAGGAUUAUCGAUCCGUUGUUAGUGGGAGAAAUUAACGCUGAUUCACUUAGAAAAUUUGGUGAAAUAGUUGAGAAGUGUUUGAAGGAUGAUGGAGCUGGCCGGCCAUCCAUGCUUGAUGUGCAGUGGGACUUGGAAUAUGCACUGCAGCUUCAACAAACUGCAUUGCACAAAGAAACCCUUGACGACAGUACAACAAAUGCUUUUUUGGAAUUGCCUGUGCCUUCUGAUAGCGUCCCAGAUUGGGAAGAUGAUCAUGUGCUCCGAUCAGGAGAUGAUGGUUCGGAGACAACAGAUAGUGGAGUGUUCUCUCAGAUGAGGAUUGAUGGUGCCAGAUAAUUAAUCUCUACUGCUUUAGGGUACGCUCAUGUCAUUUUCAUUAUCAGUGUGGAGUGUCUCGUAUUGUUAAAUGUAUCUUUGUGCUUUGUUUGUUUACUCGAUGCUGCAAAUGUAAUAUCUAUUGAACAUCAAGCAUCUGGCUAUUAAGAAAGUGAAAAAUUAAGGGCACGCGAUAGCUAUAUUAGAGGAUAAACCUCAGCAACAAGUUAACCACUCAUCAGCAUCAACAAGUCUGCAGCAACCUCACCAUCUCUGCAUCAACAAGUCUUCCACAAUCACAAGUCACCACUCAGCAAGCCAUCCCCAAAUCUGCAGCAGCCACUCCUCUACCUCAACCCAUACCUUCAAGCCAUACCUAUUUGUAUUUCUCCUUUAGUUUAUGUUUUUGUACUCUGGUCUUUACCCUUUUAUUAAGUCUAUAUAUUAGACUACUUUGUAAUCAAGCAAGUAAUGAAAAUCUAGUAAUAAUGUAGUCCUUAA